UCACUUUUGAUGGCGGAGAAAAUAGAUAAGGUUCCUCCAAAUUCCCCUCUCCCUCCAACGUCUCUCUCUCUCUCUCUCUCUCUCUCUCUCUCUCUCUCUCUCUCUCUCUACCCCUCUCAUGGCCCAAACCCUACUCUACUACUGAGAAUGCGAUCAAACCCUAAUCCUAGAAUCUCUAUACCCGCUCCAAUUUGUGGCUUCUGAGCGGGGAAGAGCCCCUCGUCGUCAUCUUCGUCAUCUUCCUCGGCGAAGUUUGGAGCAGCAUUAUCCAUGGCGAGAGUCACGGAUUUCGCCUUCAAUCCCCCUCCUUCCUUGCCCCCCACCACUCCCGCGCCGCAUAGGGCGAAACCCGCGGUCUCCCGUUCUUCGUUCUUUGUCCGAUUCCCCAAGAAGCCGAUUCGAGAGGGUAGGGUUUUUCCGGCGACCAAGGUGGCCGUGGUGGCGCGGUACGGCGGAGGCGGCGGAGGGUACCGGCCGGGGGGAGGCUACGGAGAGUCGAGGCGGCCGCAGGGGGAUGCUCGCGUGGCCGACCCCGACUACGAUCCCGCGCUCGAUCUCGAUAGGGUUAA